AUGGGGAACACGUGGUUUGAGGGGCUGGAUUUUCGUGCUCUGGAGAGGAGCUGAACGCUGUGACUGUUGGCCAGCCGUUCUCUGCAAGUUAUGUUGAUUUAAAGUUCUGGAUUUCUAAUACAGUAGUCUGAAAGAAGAUGGGAAAGGGCUUCAAAGUGGUGGUUUGUGGAAUGAGUUCAGUGGGGAAGACGGCCAUCUUGGAACAAGUUCUGUAUGGUAAUCACAGUGUUGGUGAAGAGUGCAGCAGAACUAUAGAAGAUGUAUAUGUCGCUGUGGCUGAAACAGAUCGAGGACUAAAAGAACAGUUACGCCUGUAUGACACCAGAGGACUGCAAGGAGGGGAGGAAUUCCCUAAGCAUUACUAUUCUAUUGCAGAUGGCUUUGUUCUAGUGUAUGCUGUAAAUAGCCUGGAAUCUUUUGAGAAAGUUGACUGGCUCAAAAAGGAGAUUGACAAGUUUAGAGAAAAGAAAGAGGGGUCAAUUAUUGUUUUAGGUAAUAAAACUGACCUUUUGGAGGAAAGACAAGUACGGAGCGAAGUUGCACAGCAGUGGGCUAGAUUUGAGAAAGUGAAGUUAUGGGAAGUAACAGUAACUGACGGAAGAACGCUGAUGGAGCCCUUUAUGGUGUUAGCAAGCAAACUCUGCCAAUCACAGAACAAGUCGACAUUUCCUUUACCAGGGCGGAAACUCAAAGGCAAUAAUGAAGAUGGCUGAAUGUUCUUCUGCCUCCUGCUGAGCCAAGGAACUUCUGUGGCUUUUGCAUUUCCAGAGGAGUUGUUGGAAGUCAUGGUUGUUUAUUUCUAGAACUAAUUAGUCUCACAGAUCAGGGUCAGAAUGGCAUCUGAAAUUGCUUCAUAAAAACACUGAAAUGAUCAUAGUUGUCUGUAUUCAGUUAUAUGUUCAUGGAAUGUAAGCUGGAGAAUGCUGGAGUGCAGAGAAAGGAAAGCCUUCUGAUUCCAAAGGGGGCAUUCAAGAGUCACUUGGGAUGUUGCCACUUCAGUCACCACUUAUUACAAAAGAUAAGGGCAUUUCAGAAAAGAAAUGAAAGAACAAGGUGAAAAAGUAUUUAUUUUGAUCAUAUGUUGCACAGUUUUUUCAUUGUGCUGUGACUUUGAGAUAUAAAUUCUAAAAAAAAGAGGCUGACAGAGAAUUGGGUGAUUCUGAAGAAAAUAAGCAUUUGACCUUCACCACCGUUAAAAAGUGUGCUAAUUCUGUUACUAAUGCUUUUGAUGAACCAGUAUUACUUCUACUGAUGAUCAUACAGCAGCCAUUCCUCUCAGGUAGUGUAAAAUGAUGUUCUCUAGGAUGGCUAAAAAUUGGACCAAAGAAAGAAAAACAACUUUCCAUCACUUCAUUCAUGGAUAGGGGAAAUUUUGGCCCUAUCCCCAAUUUCAAAAUUCCUCUGGUAUCUGUUCCUGUGUAGCAGCAGCAGCAG